UUCUCCACCAUUCAGAACAUGACGUCUUGGCACAUAACACUGACAUAAGCCAGGGAGGGGCUGCCGCACACACUGAUAGAAAUGAAUGCAAAGAGCCAAAAGAACACUUCCUGUUGAUGCAAAAAAAUUGCAGCAGCAACUGUCUGACACAUCUGGACCGGAGAGGGGGGGAGGCCUGGCUGUAAGUGUACGCGAACUACUGAGGGGAAUGGACACCGUUUAAUGCUAAUCUGCAAUACGGCAGCCAGCAAACUGGAGAAACAGAUCCAAGAAAUGGACGACGGCAGCUACGUCGAGUUCGACGUGCCGGAGUUCAGUAACACUGUCCUGACCCAGCUCAACGAGCUGCGGCUGCAAGGGAAGUUGUGUGACAUCAUCGUUCACAUUCAGGGUCAGCCAUUUCGAGCCCACAAAGCCGUGCUGGCUGCGAGUUCGCCCUACUUCCGCGACCACUCGGCUCUCAGCACCAUGAGUGGCCUUUCCAUUUCGGUCAUCAAAAACCCGGAGGUUUUCGAGCAGCUCCUUUCGUUUUGCUACACAGGUCACAUGUCCCUGCAGCUCAAGGACAUUAUCAGUUUCCUCACGGCUGCCAGCUUCCUGCAGAUGCAGGCCAUCAUCGACAAGUGCACACAAAUCCUGGAGAGCCUCCACUCCAAGAUCAGCCUCCCGGUCGGCGCCUGCAGCCCAGAGAAGGACGACUCGCAGGCCAGCGGCAACGGCGUCAACGACAGCAGCCUCUUCGUGAACCCCACCCAGAUCUCCCCCCCUUACUACUCCCGGCAGACUCAGCCAGGGCACGAGGCGCGCUUUGAGCUGGCAGGAAAAGGCCGGGGCCGGCAGCAGCCCGAGGAAGGCCAGUCGGACCGCGGCAGCAGCGACAGCGUCUCUGAGCACGAGGCUCCCAUGGAGGCCGAGACGGAGCAAGUGGAACUGAUCGGCAAGGACGGGCAAGUGACAGACGUGCACGUGAAGAUAGAGAAGAUCGACAGGCCCACGUACUCGGACAGCUCCUCGGCCGGUGACGACGGCUACCACACGGAGCUGGUGGACGGCGAGCAGGUGCUGGCUGUCAGCGUGGGCUCCUACGGCCCUGUCAUCCAGUCCACUGCCUACUCUUACUCAGGCCUCUCCUCCCCGGGCUUUCUGAACCUCAGCAACUCCAGCCCCUCCCGCUCCUUGCUGAGUGGCUACAGAGGUGGACGGGCCAGGGCGAAGCGCCCGCUGGCCAUCCCGGCCGGGGUGCUGGGUCACAUCAAACCGGCCUCGGACCACAGCGAGCCGGCGACGGCGGCGGCCACGGGGUUGGAGAACGACGUGCGAGAGCGCAGCCUGCGGAGCCAGUGGUACCCGUACAACGAGAGACUCAUUUGCAUCUACUGCGGAAAGACCUUCAACCAGAAGGGGAGCCUGGAUCGCCACAUGCGCCUGCACAUGGGAAUCACGCCAUUCGUCUGCAAGUUCUGUGGCAAGAAGUACACGAGGAAGGACCAGCUGGAGUACCACAUCCGCGGCCACACGGACAACAAGCCCUUCCACUGUCAGAUCUGUGGCAAAUGCUUCCCAUUCCAGGGCACCCUCAACCAGCACCUGAGGAAGAAGCACUUGGGAGCGUCGGAAGGGAGCAACCACAUAGACUCUCCGGAGACGGCGGAGGGCGGCUCGGGUCCGAAGGAGCAGGAGGAUGCGGCCGAGGCGAUGGCCUUAGAGGCGCAAUAUGCAGAAGAGGCACCAGCUGCUGAUACGGAGGAGAGUUCAAAAUGCAGUCCGGAGGAGGCUCAAGCAUCAAGAUGUGAUUUUUAGCUCCUGCUCCUGUUUAUGGGAGCUUUACAAAUGUUUAUCUUAAAACUUAUCUUUUUUUGUUCAAUCAGCUCCCUCUACUAUAGACUUUUUUUUGCGCCACAGGGUUUUUUUUUGGUUCAAUUUUCUGAAAGUUAGAUGUUGAAUGCAGAGAUUUAAUGGGUGCUUCAUAGAAAUUUGAUUCUUUCAAGCAAAGGGAGUAACAACUUACUAUUUUUGAGGAGGUCCCAAUAAUCAAGACCCCUUAAUUGAUUUCUCUUUUUAUCGUUCCAUGUUUUUUAAAACACAUUUACAGAGUUAUAUAGGCAUGUUGCAAUAAUUGAUAAUGUGAAAGCUCUGGUAAGAUGCUUGUCAUAUCACCUUUUUACCUGACCCGUUUUUGCACAUGUGGCCGCAGGAGGUCACCUACUCACAAGGAAUGAUUUUUCUGCCAGUGCAAAGCUUCGUGUGACAUAUCCGCUCAAUACCUCAUGAUGCAACUACAUACUCAUAACAGACAGUAUUUUAACUUCAAUGAAACUCACCAGGUUCUACCUCAUAGCCAAGAACCUACCAGGCACAGAUGUGUUCUCCGUUUUUUUAUUUUUUAGUUUGUGUGUGCAUUAUCUUAUUGCCAAAACCCUGUAAAGAAUAUUCUCUCAACACAAAGCCUUGAUACUUGGGGGAAAUAUUCCUUGCUGAUUGUCUGGAUCCGGGUCGCGGCCCUUGAAACACGCCUCGUGGUCAGCCAGGAUUAAGAAGGUGCUAUGUUUGGAGCGCAGACGAUCUUCGCUAGCUUUCCUUUGUUUGUUUGUCGGCAAACGCAGACAAUGGAGUUCCGGGACGGCCGCGGCAUAUCGCCGUUGUUUCGCUGUCUUUUCGAACGUUUGUUCCACACGACCCUCAAUAAGUGUGUCUCUUAUCACUACGGGAGAUGUCUCUCUCUCCGUUGGCCAAAGGGCGGUUCUCGACGACGGUCGCCCAUGUGAUGGGCGACCGUCGUCCCACCGCGCUGUCGUUUGUAUUCCUCUCCACUCUGAUGGCUGACUUACAGUAUACUUCAUUAUUGUGUGUGUAAAUUGUUCAGUCCCGAGGUCAGCUUUUAGGUUAGCGCUCCGUGUGCGUCUGAAACUCGAGUACAACUCAUUGUCAACUCGGCACAACACCAACGGCUCCGUACUAGUCUGACUAAUAUGCAAAGAGAAAGAACUAAAGGAAUCUCAGCCAUUUCGACAUGGUUCUCACCCAUUAUUUGUGAAGAGCUAUUGGUUUGUGUCCUCUUUGUCUUUCUUUCUUUUUGUCCUAGCUUUUCAUGAUGGGACUAUUGAUCUGUGAUCUUUGUUCUCUGUAUCAGUCGGAGGUCAAAACGCCGACUUGAAACAAAACGUCCUCGUUUGUCGACGCUGCUCCGUGAUGCUCACGUGGACGGGGGAAAUGUUGGUAGAGGCAGCCGCUGAUCCAAAGUAUUGAUGCACUUUGCAGGGUUUAGUGGCGGCGGCGGCGGCGGGAGGCCGCUGAGAAGACGCGCUCAUUUCAGUUUUAAUGCCGAUGCAGUAGUGUCCGAGUAGAACUAGUUUAAAGCAGCGAGACUCUGCGAUCACAUGAAUACUAUUGGCUUCACGUCACGCAUGCUGGAGCGCAUUUUAUCCAUACUGUUUGAACCGUGGGGGAUCGGGGACGGGGGUGUUUUAGUAUAUAUAGAGACUUGGGUUUAAUGCCAUUGGGAUUUAAAGGAAUCUGCUUUCUCAUUAAGUACACAUAAGGCCUGAAUACUUAUCUUGUCUUGCUCUCCUGCUUUCCUAUCAGCCAUCCGGCUGUUUCAUAACCUCUUCUGAAAGAGCGCCUGCUAUAGGCUUGUAUUUCGUCCCACGCGCUCCACGCUGAAUCUGUGUCAAUGAAUUGGUUUUUACUAUUUCACGGUUUUGCGUAUGAUUUUUCUGGCGUGCGUCCGGCAGUUGAACGUUGUGUUCUUGUCGCUUACGUCCGUUGUUCCUUUUCCUUUCCACUGAAUGUGCGGCCGUUGUCUUCACUCGUCGACAGUUCAGAAAGCAAAACCAAAAUGUGGGGGAGAUGUUGCAGAAACCGGUUUAGCUAGCUUUCCUUUAUCUUUGUACGUAAGGAUUUCUCUCACGCUGCUGCGCGGCAGAAUGUCUCCUUUUGGGCUUUCCGGUUAACGUUUCCGUCGAGCGCUGAUCCGACCUCAUCCAAAUCAGCAGCUGACUAAUUACAAUCUGCCCACCGAGCAAAAGAAAGGACUGAAUGUUGCCGCAGCGUGUUGUCGUUUUUUUUUUUGUGAGUAAUGGGUACAAACUUUGUGCCAAGAGUUCACGCCAAAGAAUUAAGGGUGAUUUGUAACCAUACACUUUGACUGUAAAGCAUAAGUGAAUGCUCAUUUGGAAGACUUAAUAAAUUUAAUGUAGAACUAGUUCAUCGCCAUUUGUAAGGAAUGUACGUUUCACAGCUUUAUAACAAUCACUCGUAUAAAUUUUAACAAUUUGCUAAGACGACAUUAGGUGGUGAAGUCAUAAAUAACAUAAUAUAUUAAGCCAUACAAAAGCUGAUGCUAUAAAAGGUGUGCAAUAAUAGUAUUGUAAUUGUUUAAAGCCAAUGUAAACAAAAGAGAGAAAAUACUUCUCAAAAAGUGGCAUCUUGAAUUUAGUGCCUUGCUUUACAUUUUAGAUUCUGGCACUUAGAUCGCUGUGCCUCCUUCAUUGUGUAUCGGAUUGAAUAGAGAGAUUAUAAUAUAAUAUCCCCACAGAAAGAAAUGACUUCAUGUCAUUCUUGUCCAUGUUGUUGUAUUUUCAGUUCAAGUCCUGCUCCCUGUUUUUUUUGCUCUUUCGUCAUUUAACCGUUUUGUUCUUUUUAAUGUCACAGAAUGAAUUUUGAGGCUUAACUGAUUUUGUAGCAAAUGAUUACAAUCAACGGAGGCGGAUUUGUUCUCCGCAGGACGCUGCUGCGUGUUUAGAGACGACACUGUAUCCCUCCUCUGUAACCACUGAGGACAAUGCUGACGACGUACGGCAGUUUCAGGCAUGUCAAUGCACGAGAGCCUCAGAUCGAUUCGUCUCUGUUCACUCAGGCCGCCGGUCGUGGGAACAGCGUGCGUGUUUAGCAGAGAAUAGACUACACGGAAGAAGCUCACCGCCCAUAUAAUGUAGCCAAAUUGCUCCAUCACAAAAUUGUAUUAAAAUGCCAAUGAAUAAUUCUGUAACUUUUGUAUUUGUGCACUUACAGUUUAUUUUUAUUUUAGUAAAUACCAAUUCCAUGUAGGAAAAAAAAGUUUAUCUCCGUAGUUACCCGUAAGGGGUUUGGCGACAAAGCCCUCAAAUCGUUGUGUUAGGGACCUUUUACCCCUCAAAUGGUGCUUUUAGAAUUGAGUUGGUUUUUUUUACAAGUCCAUAUAAUCAUCUUAGGUGGAUGGAGGGGAGAUUCUUUAGAUGCUUUUCAUGAACUGUAGUUACUUAUGUGAUACACACCUACAACUAACUGAACUUGACACACACUCGAAUCGGCUUUGUGACCUCUUAGUUCCACUUCUGAGAGGAACAGGAGAUGCAUUGUGGGCCACAAGUAAUCAAAAGGAAGUGUUUACAGGGAAGGCUGUCAGACUACUUUUUGAAAUUGCAGCUCGUCCUAUUCUUUUUAUAAUAAACUCACUUCAGGUAGUUUACAAACACUGAUACAGGCUUAAACAAAAAAAUCUUAAGUCUUCCAUAGCUUUUCUGUCAGUUUCUGUCCACUGUGUAUUAUAAGAAAAAAGCAAUAACCUUUUUAAAAGCGGUGCAUCGAGAUCAUCAAGUCUAGUGAAAUUUCGGCCUGUCACAUAUCAAACAAACUGAAUGUCAGGGAGCCGCUGAAUGGAAACCGGACCAGGACAAUUAUGUAUUGGUUUAUUUUUAAUAUGUUUUCUGAUACUUUGGACAGGUUGAUUUCCCUCUUCAUACAUGUGUGUGUAUAUAUAUAUACACAUAUAUAUAUAUAUAUAUAUAUAUACACACACAUGAUGGAGGGGAUUUUGGCCGUUCAGCCACUGUUUGGGAGCGGGCUUUCUGCUGUCACGUCGAGGCUCAGUGACGUCCUUUUGUCUCCGCGGGAAGCGACUGUGUGGCUGCAGUUGUUCAGGUCAAGGGGGACGUUUUCAGUGGAGCCGUUGUCCCUUUUACUCUCACAACUCCCUAAACUCUGCACUGCACUGUCUCUGGCUUGCAUGUGUUCUGGUGACCGGGCAAAAAAAAAAAAAAAAAACACAAGGAAGAAGCUUAGAACUCAGGGUAUAUAGUGUUAAAAAUGGUCUCGUUGGACACACUUCUUAUGUCCGUAGUAUAAUCGUGCACUUCUCUUCAGGUGGGGAAACAAUUCCUCAGUCACUGGUUCCCAAACAAUCUGCCUCAAGGUCUCAACGAGCCCACACUUUCCCCCGAGGAGCGCCGGAGCCCCCCGAGCGGAGCCGUGACAGCAGAAACGCCCCCCAGCUCCCGUUUAGUCCACUCUACACACAACCUCACAACCCAACUGUGAACCUCAGAACUCUACUGUUUUGUACAUCUAUGAAGUAAAUGAAGCUAGCUAGAGCUGAUUUGUUGUAUCUAUUGCCAUUUAUGAAUUUAUUUUAUAGCAUGAAAUAAAAUAUAUUUAUUCAAAUUAUAUAUUUUACUCAUAAUCAUUCUGUGCUGCUUUUUGUUUUUGUUUUUAAGCUUGUAAAUUGCUUUUUUACUAUCAAAAAAAUGUCAAUAGAAUAAUGCGUUUGUAAAAUAAAGACGCUCAUUUGGCUCC